CAGCUUCCUUCUUCACUCUCAAUCUCAAUCUCGAUCUCGAUCUCGAUCUCAUCAAUGGAGGAGGAGAUAGUUCUGCUGGACUUUUGGUCAAGCCCAUUUGGGGUGAGGGCGAGAAUAGCUUUGGCAGAGAAAGGGUUAGCGUAUCAGUCUAGGGAAGAAAACGUGUUCAACAAGAGCUCUUUGCUCCUCGAGAUGAAUCCAGUCAAAAAGCAAAUCCCAGUUCUGAUCCACAAGGGGAAGCCUGUGUGCGAGUCCCUCAUCAUAGUAGAGUACAUAGAUGAGGUGUGGAAGCACAAGUCUCCUCUAUUGCCUUCUGAUCCUUGCCAGAGAGCUCAUGCCAGGUUCUGGGCCGACUACGUAGACAAGAAGAUUCAUAGCCUAGGGAAGGAGAUGUGGAUAUCCAAAGGGCAAGCCGAGAAGCAGCAAAAAAGGAGUUCAUAA